ACAGUGAAGAUGGCAGAGGGAUUGGUGGUGGAGUUUCAGAAGUUUAAUAAGAACGCCAGACACUUAAAACGCUUGCAGAGGGAAACUUUACAGUCUAUUGAAGAUGUGGGCUUGUCGGGGAACUUGUCGGAAGAGCAGGUGGCGGAGAUCCGGUUCAGCGAGGUGGAGCUGAGCGAGCUGCGACACGUGCUGGGCGUGCCGCCGUGCAUCGUGGUGGGCGGGCAGGACGCGUACGGCAAGGUGCUCGUGGUAACGCGCCUUCUGGCCGAGCAGGUGCUGCCUAUCGUGCCCCGCUUGACCCCCGGGCGCGCGUGGCGCCCCGUUCGCCUCAAGCACUCGCACGCCCGUACCGUCUGCCUCGCCCUCCCCGACCAUGGCCCGCACGCCGAGGCCGGCUACGAGCUCGUGCACUCCCUCCACGCCCACGCGCGCCCGUGGGGCACCGUGCCGCGCGCCGACGUCGAACUGGACCAGCGAGCCAUGCAGGACCCCGUGGUGGGGAGCGCCAUGCUGGAGGUGGGCCUCCCGCACCCGUUGCUGAAAGAGGGCGUGCAGGUGGUCAUGACGCCCACCGUCCCCCACAAUCGCGCCCUCAACACCUCCAUCGAGUUCCUGAGGGCGCUGCUGCCCGAGGUGCUGCCCAUCAUCGUCUACGCCAUCUCGCGGGACGACCUCUCCGACGCCGAGGUGAACGAGCUUCGGGAGCUGAAGCGGCUGCACCCGGAGCUGCCCGUCUUGUUCAUCCGCGUGCCGCUGCUGCCCGAGACGUUCAGCGACGACCUCCCCGAGUCGGAACAGCACGACAUCCUGUGCAAGCUGCGCGUGCUGCCCUCCCCCGUGCGCCCCGACCAGAUUCCUCAGCAGCAGCAGCAGCAACAGCAGCAGCAGCAACAGACGCCCAUCAUCCCCACGGGAGCCACGCGGUUGCAGCAGCAGCAGGUCCCCGUCAAGCUGUUCCGCACGCUCUGCGAUAACCUCGGUUACCUCACCAUGACACCGGCGCCCAAGAAAUUCCGGUGUCGGCUGGUGGAGCACAGUUACCGAGUGGACAGUGAACUUAUCGACAGCUUUGACUCGUUCCCUAACGUUGUUCCUUACAUAAGGAUGAUUUUGCAGUCCCAUCUCAUCCACACCUCGACGCUUUUGAACCAGGGCCAUAACCGGUGCAUGAGGAAGUUCAUCCUGUACGCGUUCGACAUGGCGCGCGAAAUCCAGAUCACGCCGAGGAGGAUCAGCUACGCGCGGGAGAAGGAGGCCGAGCUCUACGAGAACCUCAUGGCCAUCGCGUCGAGCAAGCAGGACGAGAUCCGCAGCGUUAUCAUCGACACCAUUGCCAACAUGUCCGAGGAUCUGCUGGAAAGGGCUGCCGACUAUGAGUUUCAAGACGUGGAGAACUUGCCGACGAGCGAAGUGGUGUGCGCAAGACAGGUGCGGAUAUGCACGGGGGAAAUCCAGGAGCUGGUGAUCGGGUCCCUGAACGCAGAGGUUGGGCGGCAGUUGGUGGACCGCGUGGACGUGAUGCGCGAGUCGUACCUGGGCACCCUGCAGCGGUGUCUGGAGAGCCUGGAGAAGGACUGCCGAGCCUGCGGGGAAGAUCCUCAUAUUGGCGACGCGCUCAAGCAGAUGGUUAAUGCAGCCUACCAAGUGGAGGUGACUGUGACCACCUCUUCCUCUGUCUUGCGUUCUUUGUGGGAGAAAAUGAAGCAGUUGGUGGCCGCCAUGCCUGGGAGAACCCCACCUAUUAUAGAUGCAGAAUGGAAGAGAAAGGUUGCAGCUGAUAUGAUUGCCAGUCUUUCAGAAACAAAGCUGACAAAGAGUAUAUGUGCACAGUUUCGCGAGAGGUUAAAAAGCAGCCAUGAUUCCUUCCUCGGGAGCCUCAAACAGUUGGAGACUCAGCUCACCAGCCGCCUGGAGAAAACAGAAGAACAGCAGACACGCAUAAAGAAAAUUGAUGCUCCCAAGCUCGCUCGUCUCUCGCUUGAGUCCACGUCUCUCAGGGAUAUGAUACUCUUUGGAAUGCCAAGACUGGACCGUGAAUUGGGUAGAGGUCAGUAUGGGGUAGUAUACGGCUGUGAAUCCUGGGGAGGCUUCAGGCCCUGUGCAGUGAAAUCUCUUGUUCCAUUGGAUGAAAAGCACUGGAAUGACUUAGCGAUGGAAUUUCACUACACCAGAAGUGUUCCAGAGCAUGAGAGGAUUGUGGCCCUGCGAGGAAGUGUGAUUGAUCACACUUAUGGCCAGGGGGAAACUCCAGCAGUCCUAUUGAUAAUGGACAGGCUCACUCGGGACCUGUACUCUGCAAUUAAGCAUGGUCUUGAUUGGCUAGUCAGACUCCAGAUUUCUCUUGAUGUCACUCAGGGUAUUAGGUUCCUACAUUCCCAAGGUCUUGUGCACAGAGACAUAAAACUAAAGAAUGUAUUGUUGGACAGAAGCAAUCGAGCUAAGCUGACCGAUCUUGGUUUCUGCAAGCCAGAGGCCAUGAUGUCAGGCAGUAUUGUUGGCACUCCCAUCCACAUGGCCCCAGAGCUUUUCACUGGCCACUAUGACAAUAGCGUUGAUGUGUAUGCAUUUGGCAUACUCUACUGGUACAUCUGUGCUGGCCAUGUGAGGUUACCUCUCAUCUUUGAGCAAUGUCAGUCAAAGGACCAGCUUUGGACUUGUGUUAAGAAAGGUGCUCGGCCAGAAAGACUAGCGCAGUUUGACAAUGAAUGCUGGGAGCUAAUGCAAGAAUGCUGGGCUGGGGACCCUGCCAAAAGACCACUGCUUGGUGAUGUGGAGCCCCGGUUAAUGCGUAUAAUGGAGUGUUAUGCAAAGAAACAACUGGAAUAUAAAGAACAGUGGCAUGACGAUCAACACAAUGAGGACGAUAGUAAAGUUGACUCAGCCAUAGAUGCUGUGACGACUGAGCAGUGUGGCUUCAUAGGUUAGUGUAGCCAAACUCACCCAUUGUGAGGGUGAUCUGAAAAGGGUCUCAAGUGUUUAUCGAAAGAUUGCAGGUAUUUGUGAAAAUCGUCUUUUAUUCUCUGUAUCCCAUGUGAUUGUAAAGCAUACGUGCCUUUAAAUUAUGAUAGUGGUAGUGUGAAGAUAUUUAAACAGGAUCAGUAACUUAGAUGCCCAAAAGUUAUUAGGAAAGAUAAUAGAAAAAGGAAGUGCCAGAAUGUUGAACUUUUUUACUAAUCAAGUAACUAUUCUACAGCAUGGGAAGAUGAAACACAAUUGGGCUGUAUGGGGACGUACACCCUCAGUAGUACGCUGUGAGUAGUGUAUUGGGUGUAGUGACAGAUAAACUAGUGCUUCAGACAAGGCUUUGGAUGUUGUAUUGAUCAGCAGCUUUGGUAAUAAGAAGGUGAAGAGGAAAGUCAAUAUGUGAAACUAUCAUUUUUAGCAAUACUCCUCUUUGAAAUAAGAAAUGGAGCUUCCACCAUAUUUAACUAAACAUGUCCUAAAAAAUAUAUAUAUUUAGUGGUAUCUCCUGUACUUAUUUGUAGAGUUAUUGCAGAAACUGCAUUACAGGGUGUCUGCAUCCUGCAUCUCAGUAAACUUUUAAAGCCGUGGGUGCCUUUCGUAAAAAUAAUUGCCAGAAAAGGAUUUUCCUAAUGGAGUGUGUGCCUUUAGACUGAACUGAAUGUAUGAAUCAUGUCACAGUGUUGAAGCUCUGCAGAGCAUAGAUCAUCAUGAAAGCUGAAACAUUGAUAAAUGUGCUUAUGUUUUUUUGUUGUUGUUUUUUGCUUGCUUUUGGGAUCAUCUGUGUAUAAUCAUGUUGAAAAUGUUUGUUUUUAUAGAUACUACAUAGGCAUUGAAAAGCAUGCAAUUUUAACAGCUAAUAGCAAAUGGACUUCUAAAUGGGAAUACAUCAUUAAACACUUUGCAGCUUGAAUUUAAGAGUGAAUAUAAAAUGGCAUAGCUAUGAAUACACAGUUCUACUCUUUUACCAUGUAUGAAGGGUAUUUUCAUUUUGUAAUUCCCCUCCCCCCCCUUUUUUAGGGCAAUGAUGAUCCUGUCUGUGAAUGCCUAUCACCUUUGACUUGCCCACGGGGACAGGGAAAUUGGAUAUACAAUAACUAUCUUUCCAAAGUAUUAUAUUGUAAGUAGGAAUUAUACUAAAAAUGGCAUCCUUUCUCUAUCAUCUGUCAUCUUUAUAGUUGCUUUCUUCUCCUCUUCCUUCCCUUUUUUCAAGAAAAAGCUUUUCAGCGUCGAGAAAAAAGAAGAAACAUCAGCUUAGCAAAGGGGAAGCCACAACCAGAAAUAUGAAUAUAUAAAACUUUUUAAAAGUCAUAUCAUAAUUUGUGAUUUGUAUGAAAGCACUGUCAGUGUUUAGUUCUUUUUCCAUGCAUAUUUUUUUUUAAGAUUCUCUUCUUAGCCAAUCUUUGGCAGGUGAGAAUUCACAGAUAUGAAUAUUUAAUGUGAAUGAAAGUUAUAGGGAGGGAAUGUUAUUUAUCAGAAGUAUGUAUAUUUUUGAAAGAGAUGAACUCAAAACAAGAAAUAAGCUUGUGUAUAUGGGGAGGCAUGAGUAUGUUUAUAUUUUUUUCCCCCAUUUUCUCAUUUGUGUGUCUGGUUUUACAGAACCAUGUCAGAAUCUACAUGGUCGCAUGGCUUAAGCUGUAAACCCAUUUUUUACGAACUGUGUUACCAGUUCAGCAAUAACAGAUCAAGUUUAUAUGUAAAAUACUUUCAUGCAGUUGGUCAUUUUGGGUACUCAGUGCCUAGAAGUGUAUUUAUGUUUCCAUCCAUUUGUCAUUCCAUCCAUCGGUUCUGUUUAUCUGUUUAAGGAUUAUAAUUAGUAUUUAAGCAUUUUACAUACAAACUAGGUUUAAAAAGAGAGAGAGAGAGAGAGAG